GAGGAGGCCAGUCGCCGCCGGGCUGUUGCUCCGCGGAGCUUCCCGGAUCCGAGCCCAGACGGCGUCGGCCGGGGCACCCUGGGCGCCGCGACCCUCGGCGGCCACAGGGGGACGGGGAGGAGGAGGAAGAGGCGGAGGCAGCGGCGGCAAAGAGGAGGAGGGCUCGCUCGCCUGUUCCGACGCAGACAUGGUGGACUGAUCCCGGGCAGGGCUGAGAGCAGGGAUUCCCGAGGCUCCCCCGCGCGUGGCCCGCAGUGCCCCGAGCCCCGCACGCCCCUCGCCGGCACCCGCGUUCCCGCCGCGCCCCGCGCCCGGUCCCUAUGGAGGCGCCGCUCGCCGGCGAGGCCGCCGACCAUGCCUAGGAGGGCCGGGAGCGGGCAGCUGCCGCUACCCCGGGGCUGGGAGGAGGCCAGGGACUACGACGGCAAGGUUUUCUACAUCGACCACAACACCAGGAGGACCAGCUGGAUCGACCCCCGGGACAGGUUAACGAAGCCCCUGUCCUUCGCUGACUGUGUUGGGGAUGAGCUGCCAUGGGGCUGGGAAGCAGGGUUUGACCCUCAGAUUGGUGCCUACUACAUCGAUCACAUCAACAAAACCACACAGAUUGAAGAUCCGAGGAAACAGUGGCGGGGCGAGCAGGAGAAGAUGCUCAAAGACUAUCUCUCUGUGGCCCAGGAUGCACUCAGGACACAGAAGGAGCUGUACCACGUGAAGGAGCAGAGGCUGGCGCUGGCCCUUGAUGAAUAUGUGCGGCUAAACGAUGCCUACAAAGAAAAAUCAAGCUCUCACACAAGCCUCUUCUCAGGGUCUUCAUCUAGCACUAAAUAUGAUCCUGAUAUUUUAAAAGCUGAGAUCUCCACCACGCGAUUAAGGGUUAAAAAGCUGAAGAGAGAACUCUCCCAGAUGAAGCAAGAACUUCUCUAUAAGCAGCAAGGCUUUGAGACGCUGCAGCAAAUUGAUGAAAAGAUGUCCGGAGGCCAGAGUGGGUACGAACUUAGUGAAGCCAAAGCCAUCCUGACGGAACUGAAAUCCAUCAGAAAAGCAAUCAGCUCAGGAGAAAAAGAAAAGCAAGAUCUGAUGCAGAGUCUUGCUAAGCUGCAGGAGCGAUUUCAUUUGGAUCAGAACAUGGGCAGUUCCGAGCCAGAUCUGAGAUCUAGUCCUGUGAAUUCUCAUCUCUCUCUGUCCAGACAGACCCUUGAUGCCGGGUCACAGACAAGCAUUUCUGGAGACAUUGGGGUGAGAAGCAGAUCAAAUUUAGCUGAAAAGGUCAGGCUGAGUCUCCAGUAUGAAGAAGCCAAAAGAAGCAUGGCUAACUUGAAAAUUGAACUGUCAAAGUUGGAUGGUGAGGCCUGGCCUGGGGCCCUGGACAUUGAGAAGGAGAAGUUGAUGCUGAUUAAUGAAAAAGAAGAACUUCUGAAGGAGCUGCAGUUCAUCACCCCCCAGAGGCGCACACAAGAUGAGCUGGAGCACCUGGAAGCCGAGCGCCAGCGUCUGGAGGAGGAGUUGAUGGCUGUUCGGGGCUUGCCGAGCAGGGCUCUGGCUGAGAGAUUGAAAUUGGAAGAGAAAAGAAAAGAGCUGCUACAGAAACUUGAAGAAACUACCAAAUUAACUACUUACUUGUAUUCGCAACUUAAAAGCCUCUCCUCCAGCACACUGUCCAUGUCAUCUGGGAGCAGUCUGGGGUCCCUGGCCUCUAGUCGGGGCUCUCUGAACACCUCCAGCAGAGGAUCACUCAACUCCCUCAGUUCCAGUGAGCUCUAUUACAGCAGCCAGGGCGACCAGAUGGACACAGAUUAUCAGUAUAAACUGGACUUCCUUCUUCAAGAGAAAGGUGGUUACAUUCCUUCUGGACCCAUCACCACCAUCCAUGAAAAUGAGGUGGUCAAGUCCCCCAGCCAGCCUGGCCAGAGUGGACUCUGUGGGGUGGGAGUUACAGCAACCAGCCACACUCCCCCACUGACGGAAGCCUCCAAGUCAGUGACGUCCCUGUCCUCCAGGUCCUCUCUUUCCUCCUUGUCUCCUCCUGGCUCCCCUCUGGUCUUGGACAGCACAUUUCCAGGGUCUUCCCAUGACACCUCUCCACACCAGUUCACUGCCGACUUUGAGGACUGUGAGUUGAGUCGCCACUUUGCUGACAUUGGCCUUGGUGAAAAUCAGGUCUUGCUGGAUUCAGAUUCGGGAGGAGCAUCCCAGUCUCUCCUUGAAGAUAAAGGCCUGGAUGAAUGCACCGGGGAGCUGCUGUAUGGAGGAGUAGCAGAUGUGGAAAAGUCAUUACUCAAAAGAAGAGGACUCCAUCUGCGAGGAGACAAGACUGCUCGGGUAUCUGCUGCCGCCUCUGACGAAUCUGUGGCUGGAGACAGCGGCGUCUACGAAGCCACCAUGAAGCAGCCUGGUGAAAUUGAAGACGUUCCCUACAGUGAAGAGGAUGUCACCAUUGUGGAGACUGCCCAGGUGCAGAUAGGACUCAGAUACGAUACAAAGAGUUCAAGUUUCAUGGUGAUUAUAGCACAACUCCGAAAUCUUCAUGCCUUCUUGAUACCUCAUUCUUCAAAAGUGUAUUUUAGGGUCGCCGUGCUUCCCUCCUCGGUGGAUGUCAGCUGUCUAUUUCGAACAAAAGUCCACCCACCCACUGAAUCUGUGCUGUACAAUGAUGUGUUCAGGGUGGCCAUCUCCCAGGCAGCCCUUCAACAGAAGACGCUGAGAGUCGAUCUCUGCUCAGUCAGUAAACACCGGAGGGAGGAAUGCCUGGCUGGGACGCAGAUCAGCCUGGCGGAUUUACCAUUUUCCAAUGAGAUUUUCAUGCUGUGGUAUAAUUUGCUUCCUUCCAAGCAAAUGCCUUGCAAGAAGAAUGAAGAAGAAAACGAGGAGCUCGGAGCUCAGUCAAAGCAGCCCAGGCUUGACCCUGUAGACUUGGAUGCCGUGUCAGCCUUACUUGCAAGAACUUCAGCUGAGCUGUUGGCUGUGGAACAAGAGCUGGCCCAAGAAGAGGAGGAGGAAGGACUGAGGCCAGAGCAGCAGGGUCCAGGGGAAGAUUGCUUAACGAUGCUAAGAGAGGCCUCUGAUGGAACUGUGGCUGCAAAAGAGCCUGGGGUUCACUUGGCAGAGGGCAGUCGCUGCACAGAAGACCCGAGUCCAUGCACUAGGGGGCCCAAGACAAGCCAGUGUAGGAAGGAGCAUGCUGAAGUCCCUGGUCAGCCAGCAACCGGAGUCCCCACCCUGGUCGAUAAGGAGACGAAUACCGAUGAAGCAGUUGACAGCAAUAUGGCAGUUCGCCCUAAAGACCGUAGUAACCUGAGCUCUCGACAGCAUCCAUUUGUGAGAAACAGUGUGAUAGUGCGCUCACAAACCUUCUCCCCAGGCGAGCGGAGUCAGUACAUCUGCAGGUUAAAUCGCAGUGACAGUGACAGCUCAACCUUGGCCAAAAAAUCCUUGUUUGUGAGAAACUCCACUGAGCGGCGCAGUUUGCGGGUCAAAAGGGCAGUCUGCCAGCCCACCCUGAGGAGGACCGCUCAGGAAUGCCCUGUGCGCACAUCUCUGGACCUGGAGCUGGACCUGCAGGCCUCACUGACCCGCCAGAGUCGUCUCAACGACGAGCUGCAGGCUCUGAGAGGCUUACGGCAGAAGCUGGAGGAGCUGAAAGCUCAGGGACAGACUGACCUGCCCCCAGGUGUGCUGGAGGACGAAAGAUUCCAGAAACUUCUGAAGCAAGCAGAGAAGCAGGCUGAACAGACAAAAGAGGAGCAGAAGCAAGACUUGACUGCGGAGAGGUUGAUGAGGCAGGUCUCCAAGGAUGUGUGCCGGCUACGGGAACAGAGCCAGAAGGAGCCUCGGCAGGUGCAGUCCUUCAGGGAGAAGAUUGCCUACUUCACACGAGCAAAGAUCAGCAUCCCAUCCCUGCCGGCUGACGACGUGUGACCGUGUGGCUCAACACUGCUGCUCAGCUGCUCGAUUUCCAAGGGAGGGUCAAAGACUGAACUUUUAUUUUUUGUUGUUUUUAUUUUUUUGUUGGGGGCGGGACUUGUAUUUCCUGUAACAUAACUGUCAACUCUUGAAGAACUUCCGUUUCACACCAGUUUCAUCAGGUUAAUUUGUAAAGUACUUUGAAUGUAACACUUACAUGCUUUGAAAAGAAAAAAUCACAUAACAAAACUGGGGUAAUCUGGUCCACAAGUGUGUGUGUGUGUGUUACCACUGGGCCUCCCCGUAGGACAGAACACAGGUGACAUGUGCCCAGUGUGUGCCCGCUAAGCCGACUGCAGCAGGCAGCUGUCCCACAGCCUGUGUAGCUGGUUCCACAGCAUACCCUGAGCUCGAGAGCCACACUCCAUCCAAGUGAACUCAAGUGAGCAUCUUUGAGCCCACCCGGAACACUGCCCAGUCCCUUCCAUCGCCCACAGCUAACCACCUUGUUUGUGUAAAACUGUGUCUUUCUGCCCUUUUAAACGUGUCUAGAGAAAAUCAGUGUAUGAAAGCUAAGGGCAGGAGUAUGAGAGGCAGAGGUGUACUCCGCUCUAGGGAGCAGUGGUCGGGGUGUGGGGGCAGCUUUCAAAAACACUGAGAUCCAGCAGAUGCUUGCCUGACCACUGCUUCUAUCACAGACUGAACCUGCAGGACUUUGCAUCGGUAUCCGGCCUGCCAAGGAGACCGGGUGGCCCUGGCCUCUGAUGACAGUGCAGGCAGUGCAGAGGGGACACACCCAUAUCCAUUAGGGAAGGGCUGUGGACACAGCACAUCAUAAUGAGACCAAACUUACCAAACAGAAGAGAGUUUGCCAUCAGGUUUUUACACUCACUAGAAAUUAUUUUGUAGGUAUCAUCUUCAGGGGAUUCUGUCAUGGAUGCAUAAAAGGUAGUUGGACACAGAAGCAAAGGAUGUGGACUGGAUCAUUUAAUAUAUAUAUAUAUUCUGGAUGAACAAGCAAACUUGACAUAGAAAUUGGUCAAAGUGCCAUGUUCUCCAGGCUCGGUUUUAACUUCCCAGACCCCAGGCAAACUUCUUUAAAAAAAAAAAAAAAAAGAAGAAGAAGAAGAAAUAGCUUAGACAGCAUAAACGUGUUAAAUGCUUUUUUAGGUAAUAUAAACCACACUCACUUACUCUGUCAUACUGGAAGAAGCCGUGUUUUGGUGAGCCAUCUUAUAUAGCAAGCUAAAUUAUUUUUAUUUUUUUAAUGCAAAAUAAUUUUAUAGGAAUUAAUAGAAGAAAGGCAAGAAAAAAAAUCUGUUUUAAAAAAGUUAUGUUCUGCUGGAAUCCCCAUUAGUAAGGAUUUUUAUUUUCUAGAAUCUAUGUAUAUUUUAGAAAGUUCAUUUUUAUCAGAAUCAAAGUUCAUACUCAGCCAGAAUUUCAUCUAUCAAGUUACUGCACCUAAAAUAUAAUCAUUUUCCCCUAAGUGUUCCACAGCUUAUCUCCAGCUUCUCAGAAGAUGUAACUGGACAGGACACUACUUGGAACUAAAAGAAGCCUUGCGUCGGGCUGAACACAGACCUCCCAUGCUGCCCAGUGCCCUGGAGGCGACCGAAGGAAGGGGCAUGCUGUCUGUCCUUCCUGGUCAGGGUCAAAUUGAACAGCAGAGGUUGACUUAAGAUAGCUCUAAAUGGAGGCCAGCUGUCUUCAGUGUCAUAGUGUGACCCGUGAAAAUGUUCAUAGAAUUUUGUGUAGUUGUACCGUACGAUUUUAUUUUCUUCAUUUAUUUAUUUACGGUCUUAUUUAUGUUAUGUUUAAUAUAUAGUUUGGAUCUGGCCAUCUUAAAUGUUGGGCUUACAAGAGGCUAUAUUGGAGUAUUUACAGCUUUAUGAUCUUCAUCAGAUUUAUUGCUAACUUUUUGUAAUACAAAAAGUGUCAGAUGAGUAUUAAAGAAAUAAAGUGUGUCUCAGGCUGGUAGUUCAGAGUUGUGACUAAGGGACUUUGGUUUUAUUUUAUAAAACAUGCUGAUGUCUAACAUGAGAGAAACUAUUCAUUCUGAUAGGAUCCUUUCUCCAUACUCUGAAAGUCAGCAGUAGUGCUGUGGACUUACAGCAGCUUUUUGUAGGUCUGUCACAUUUGUAUUGACCCAAAUGAUUAAAGAAAGAAGAAAAGUUUUUACUAACUUGAUCACAAAACCAUAUGGACAAAUAAAACUUUUAAUAUUAUUAAAAAUAUUUUUUAAACUUAGAAUUUACUCUGCACAGGGUAAAAAGAAUUUAAUAUUUAGCUCUCAAGUUUAGAUUAUCAGUAUAUUACAAUUGUGUGUAUCAGACUCAAGUGUUACAGGUACAAAGAGAAUAUUAACUUGCCAAAUGAACAAAGUUUAGCUGAGUCUCUGUAGCAUACAGAUUAAAUACAUUUAAACUUUUCUUGCUGUGUAUUUAUAUUGUAUUAAAAAUAUGAGAUGCUCAGGACUGAACUAAAUAUUUAAUCAGGUUAAAUUCUGAAUAUGUUUCUGUUUUCAUUUGUCCUAUUUGUAAAAGUGUGCAAAUACAUCACCCAGAUUAACCCCCGUUGCUGCACCGCCAUGUGUCUGUGGAUGGAAAACAAAUUCAGUGGUUUUCUUUUUAAAACAAUACAGAUUUCCUAAUACUGCAUUUUAAUGUUGCUUAUUGUUCAGUUAAUUUCCCUGAUUGGCACAAAUACAAGAAUCUACUUGAACCAUGUAUCAAGCAAAUAUAAAAUGUUCCAUGAAGAAUUC